GUUUUGCAAUGCAUGGCCACGUACGGCACAACCCUAGCUGGCUUCUAAUUGGGAUGGCAAAUUCACCCGCGCGUCCGUCUACCACUAGUGCGUGAGUUGCAUGCGUUGUUAUUGUUGUAUGUCUUAGGUUUGUGUCCCACCAAACUUUCAAUUAUCUGUCUUAUUUUUAAUGAUUUGUUAAUAUUUUUCCUAAGAAAAACAUAAAUUCGUAAGAAAUGGAUCCUGAAAAUUUCAUUGAAAGAGCUAAUAUAUAAUAAUCAAUUAUAUAAUGCCCCUUCACUGGCUGGUAGUCCCAAUGAUAGCUUAACCUAUUUUAUGGACUACAACAACUGCUGUUAGAAUUUUGUUUGAGACGUCCAACCCUCUUGAAAGAUGCGUUGCUCGCUUUGACGGAGAUCACGGAGUUGUAGUGCGGUAGAGGAUCGAUCAUCGAAGUAGUGGAUCCCAUUCACCUACGACAUCAUCCGUCAGGUUCCCCCUACUCUCUCUCUCUCUCUCUCUAUCUCUCUCUCGUGUUGUCCUAGGAAAAUGGCCCUUGAACCAGAGAGAACAACAACAGGAUGGGCAGCCAGAGACGCUUCUGGGAUUCUCUCACCUUAUACUUACAGUCUAAGAAACACAGGCCCAGAAGAUGUUUACGUCAAAGUACUCUGCUGCGGAGUUUGCCACACUGAUAUUCAUCAGAUCAAGAAUGAUCUUGGCAUGUCCAACUAUCCCAUGGUUCCUGGGCACGAAGUGGUUGGUGAGGUGGUGGAGGUGGGAUCAGCUGUGACCAAGUUCAAAGUAGGAGACACCGUGGGAGUCGGAGCGAUCGUUGGAUGCUGCAGAAACUGCCGCCCAUGCAAAGCGGAUAUUGAGCAAUACUGCAACAAGAAAAUUUGGUCCUACAACGAUGUUUACACUGAUGGCAAACCCACCCAAGGUGGCUUUGCUGGCGCCAUGGUGGUCGACCAAAAAUUUGUGGUCAAGAUACCGGAGGGGAUGGCCCCAGAACAGGCAGCGCCGCUAUUGUGUGCAGGGGUGACAGUAUACAGUCCGCUGAGUCACUUCGGGUUGACCCAGAGGGGAUUGAGGGGAGGGAUAUUGGGGAUUGGAGGAGUAGGACACAUGGGGGUGAAGAUAGCUAAGGCCAUGGGGCACCAUGUGACUGUAAUAAGCUCUUCAGAGAAGAAGAGAGAAGAGGCUAUGGAGCAUCUUGGGGCUGACGAGUACGUGGUCAGCUCGGACUCGACUCGGAUGCAGGAAGCGGCUGACUCACUGGAUUAUAUCAUUGAUACUGUGCCUGUGUUUCACCCUCUCGAGCCUUACCUUUCUUUGUUGAAGAUGGAUGGCAAGCUAAUCUUGAUGGGUGUUAUAAAUACUCCUCUGCAGUUUCUCACCCCCGUCGUUAUGCUUGGGAGGAAGUCGAUUACAGGGAGCUUCAUAGGGAGCAUGAAGGAAACGGAGGAGAUGCUUGAGUUCUGCAAAGAGAAGGGCCUAAGUUCCAUGAUUGAAGUGGUGAAGAUGGAUUACGUUAACAAAGCUCUUGAAAGGUUGGAGAAGAAUGACGUUCGAUACAGAUUCGUUGUGGAUGUUGCCGGAAGCAAACUCGAUCCGUGAAAAACCAGGGCACUCAUGAAAGGCCUAAUCCUAUAUUCCUAUACUGUACUUUAAGAUACAUGCAGCUAAAUGUCACUAUUCGCUCCGAGUAGUGUUCAAUGUUUUUCUCAAAUGAUAACAAUCUGAGGUGGUGUUUAAUUUCUUAAAGAUAUUGAUGUUUUGUGUUCCGAAUCUUAUUCAGCAAUUGUAAACGUGUUGC